AUGCCCAAGAACUUUGAUGGGUCUGCCCAAAAUGUCUGCCAAGCUGGAGGUGGAAUCAUCUGUGACCACUUGGGGAAUACUGUGGCAGCUUACACGGGCAACCUUAAGAACCAUACUGUCACCCAGGCGAAGGGAAUGGCUCUCCUAUGGGGUCUGACAUUUGCUACAUCCAUUGGCAUUAAACAUCUAGAAAUUGAAGGCGACUCGCAAAUCAUUAUGGAAACGGUGAGUAGUAGAUCUGUUGUUGGGUGGAAAGUUGAUUCUAUUUUGAGGGAUUCCAGGAUGCUUCUGGCUAAUCUUGAUGGAUUCACCAUUCGAUAUAUCUUUAGAGAAGGGAAUGCAGCUGCAGAUUCCAUGGCGGUGGUGGGAAGGCUGCAGAACGACUUACGAUGUUGGAGGAACCCCAAACUGCUACUAGUAACCACCAAGGUGAUCUUGGAGAUUGAAAAAACCAAGUCCAAUGAUGAACCCAUAUAA